UGCAAAACACACAAUCAGUUUACUAGUCAUGCAAGUAGAAACUUUUGUACAAUAUCUUCUGAGGCUCUGGAGGAGCUUUGUCGAACAUGAAAAAAAAACAUGAUGACGUCAUAGUGAUGUCAUCUCACCUGGAGGCUUGCAGACUAAAAAUUUAUAACAGAAAGUCUGUGUUACAAACUGGAGGUGUGGAGUUUGAAAGGUGUGCAGGUUUACCAGAUAGGGAGCAUCAAAUAACGAUACGCUAUCGGUUGCAUUAUGGGAAAUGUAGGACUGAACAGAUACACUUCUAUUUUAAUCAAUACAGCUGUCACAGCCCACAUAACUGCUCACAUGUCACACGCUCUACAUGUGCAUAACCAUGACCUGAAGCAUAUUUUCAUGCUUCAAAUCUAUUUUCUUCUGUUUUAUGCGCAUAAUACAGUGAUUUUAUGUUGGCCACCUACACAACACUGUACCUGAACUCAUCCUGUUUGAAGCAUAAAAAUAUGCUUCAAGUCAUGGUUUCGCACAUGACAUGACACCACAUGACAUGUGUUCACUCCUUCAACAGUAUACAUGAGGGAGGCAAAAUAUUAGGAUCACUUUUCAAUAUAAUGCACUCCAGUACAGCAACACCACCCACUACCUCCUCAAUGAUAAACAUAAAGUAGAAUUAUCACCUUUCUGACAAUGUCAACAAAAACUGAAAAUGUAUAAGCUUCUUAUAAGUAGAAUUUAUGGCAGAGCUAGCACUGUUGAGCCUCAAGACAAAUAGUGUAACCAGCUGUCAUCUAUGAAACGUUUUGACUAAAAAUAAAGCUUUCGUGCAGUUUUUAAUGACUUAGUUUUCACAAUUCCAGACAUUUUACACAUUGAUCAAAAACAAAAGUUUCAAUUAAUGAAAAAACUCUAGUCCAAAGUGUCACCACCACACCAGAACCACCACAGAGCCCUGUUGUGUUCUGCAGGUCUGUCCUUCGUUUGCUGAUGACGGUACUUCUGACUGUGUGAUGGUUCCCAGUUGGCAUGAAAACACAGCAGCCACAGCACUUCUUGAAAUUGUUGACUACAUACAACAGACUGCUGUGUACAGGAGCUCUCAUUCUGCAGUGUUAUGCUGUAUAUACAUGUAUCGUAUCUCAUGAUGCACAGGUAUCUCAUGAAAGCUCACAGUUAAAGUCAAGCCCAGUUAAACUCCAGCAGACAGCCUGAGGGUCACAUUAGUUUUGGAAACAGCAUGUAUUGAUACCAGUCCUGAUAUAAAAGGGGAAAAUCACCCAGGGCCUUUUCAAUUAUUUAGUGCACUAAAGGCUGCAGUGCAGAGAGCCCAUUGAAGUUAAUGACCUCAAUUUGUAAAGGUGCUGGCCCUUGAUGGAGGAAGCUUAAUGAAGAUUUACACUGGCUGUGAGCAGGACAGCAACAUGAGAUGGAGAGCCGUAAAGAAAAGGUAUUACAUGCUGCUGGAGACGGUCCAGAGAUGCGGAGUAGACAGAUGUUAGCAGGAAGCAAAUGGAAGUGAAAUGAAUGAGAGGUGGAAGAGACAGAUGAAGGCAAGGCAGAAGAUGAGGUGGGAUGAGGGAGGAGCAGGGGAAAGCUAGCGACUGCAGAGAGAGACAGCGAGAAUGAGCUACAGAGAGAAUUCAGUCAUUUACAGAGCAGAUUAAAGAAGCAAAGGAAGAGCUGCGACUAAUGAUUGUUUUCAUUAUCGAUUCAUCUUGUAAUUCAUUUUUUGAUUAACAGAUUAAUCGUUUCAUCCAUCAAAUGUCACAACAUUGUAAAAAUAUUCAUCACAAGCUCCUAGAACCCAAGGUGACAUUGUUAAAUUGGUUGUUUCAUCUGACCAACAAUCCCACAUCCAAAGUCAGUGUGUUUACAUCAGAGCCUCAGUCAGGAGUUUAAAUACUGAGGUCAUGAGUCCCCACAAAACACCUGCUUAUACAUUCAACAUCGCUACCUUAGCUCUAACUAAAUAACUGUUUCCAAAGUUGGCUCAGUGUAUGUCCAUGUAAUGCGUAUUAGUAAAAUUUUCCAGAUAAAAAAAAAAUUGAAUUACAUUUUCUGAGUUUGUAUUUUUCGUUCCUCAGAUCAAUAUAUAAUUAAGAUUUUGCAAUGGUUUAUUUUUAAUUUUGCAUUUAUGGACUGUUGGAAAAAAGAAUAGAAAUCCAAAAAUCAAAACAUUCAGAAAAUCAGAGUGCUUUUAUUUCUACUCGUGUCUUGGGUUGCCUGAGUCGUGGGGGAUCGAGGCACCCGACUCAGCAUGUGUCUGUCAUGACGGGGCCGCCCAUCAUCACACCUGCUUUCAAGCAUUACAUCUGGUCUCCUGACAGUCACGGCCGCUUAUAGACAGCUACUGUAGUUCUUGUGGCAGCAGUUGCAUCUGUGGUGUUGCUCUGAGGAGUCCAGAAGGAUGGAACAGCCGCUGUUCGUGCUCGUAGCUCUUUUCCUGGUGUCCUCAUGCAAAGGACAGAGUUGGACGGCUCCAGACUUUUGCCAUCAGCAAAAAUGCCCUCAAUUCACAGUGGUUGAGGCAAACCAGGAUUUUGAGGAGCGUUUGUAUGUUGCCACUGACUGGAUUACCACCAAGAUAGAAAGCAGUGACGAUCGUGAUGUAAUGGCUGCACAUUCAAGGCUGAAGGAUUACUGCCAGAAACAGCAGAAAGCAGGUUAUGAGAUCAGUGCUGACACCUGGCCUGGGCUGAUCACCGUCAAAGAGGGUGAAGAUGGCUCUGCUUUGACGAUGUCUUGGUUCGUUCCUCCUGGUACAACAAAGCCUGAAAACACUGAUGAGUUAGUCACACUGCAAAGCAGACCUGAAGCCACUGUCUAUGUCAGGGUAUUUGGUGGAUUUCCAAGCAUUACGAAAGGCCAAGACAACGCAAAGUUUCUCCGUGACGCCUUGGCUAAAGCUGGGAAAACCUUUGAUCCCAACACUUACUCUGGUGCUGGGUAUGAUUCCUAUUUUUCUCUUACUCACCACAAUGAGAUCUGGAUCUCUGCUGCCUGAAGUCAGCAGACGCCAUCAGUCUAACCCAGUACCUGGGUUAUAUAAUCAAUACUGGUCAUACAAUCACUGUGGUUCCUCUAUAGUGUCUUUACUGUUUCCUUGUUUAUUAGAAAUCCAAAUAUAAUGUAGCACAAUCAUUGGUACUUUUAACAUGUAUUGCACUUACAAAUUCUGUAUUCUACCUCUCUGCAGUAAAACAAAGAGACAUAUUGUACUGUAGGUUGCUAGCAGACAGACAUCCUUGGAUGCUUCUGUUGCAUGAUAGAAGCUGGUUUCAGGAAUGUUGUGAAUCUGCCAGGGUAUUUACCAGCAGCCUGUCUUCCUUUUUACAUACUGGUGAUGAUGUUUUUGUUGUCUGAUUAUGUUUUAUUUUCCCAACAUAUCUGCUGUAAAUCAUAAAACUUGUUGAUACACAUCUGUCCUUGCCUUAAGCAAAUAAU